AUGAUCAACAUCUACAAGAGCACUAAAAAGCCGGUGAAUACCGAGAUCACCGCUAUAUCCUCGAAGCUGGACCAGCUUCUUGAGGCCAGUAAAGCCGCUCCACCCAUACCCACCUACGCUGCUGUGGCAAAGGCGGGACCUACAGUCAGUAGGACAAGUGGCAACGGUGCUGUUAUACUCAUCGAAAGCAAUGACACUAGUGAAACUGCCGCGACCAUUAAACGGCGGAUCAAACAACAUCUGAACCCAAAACAACUAAAAAUAGGCAUCUCUAAAGUCAGAAAAGUGAGAAACAACACUCUCCUAGUGGAACUAGAGAAGCAAGGCAACGGAAAAAAAUUAAUAGAAGAGAUACAAAAAAUACAUAAUCUGAAGGAGACGUUAGUGGAAGCCAUCCACCAGCAAAACACCAAGAUAGCUGAACAAUACAACAACUAUGAAGAGUUCAAAAAGCAGAUUCAGGUUAGGUACAAAUGGGGCAAGAAACCUGAGGUAAAUCACUGGGUCUGUGAAGUCACUCCCCAGCUGAAAAAGCUGAUGACUAAACAGAAAAAGCUGUACAUAGACUGGGUACGCUGUAAUGUAAAGGAGUACUUCAACAUAGUACAGUGCUACAGGUGCUGUAAAUACGGACACUAUGCAAAGGAGUGCUCGAGUGAAAGAGCCUACUGUAACCACUGUGGCGGAGACCACAGGUACUCCGAAUGCAAGAAUAAAAGCACUUCACCCAGUUGCAUCAACUGCAUAAGAAACAAGGCCUCCAACUUCGCCCACCGUGCCAACCAGAAAAUACCUGCACAGAACGAAUCAAAAUCAUAA